AUGGAGGACGCCCACGCGAAAACCGUGGUUGAGGUACAAAACUUCUUCAACGUAGACCCAGAAAAAGGUUUAUCACUUGAUCAAAUAAAAAGAAAUCAAGCUAAAUAUGGACCUAAUGAAUUGCCCGCCGAAGAAGGCAAAUCAAUUUGGCAGCUUGUUCUCGAACAGUUCGAUGACCUACUAGUUAAAAUUCUACUAUUAGCUGCUAUUAUAUCUUUUGUAUUAGCAUUAUUUGAAGAACACAAUGACAUUAAUGAAACUUUAACUGCCUUUGUGGAACCACUUGUUAUAUUACUUAUUCUUAUAGCAAAUGCUGUAGUUGGAGUGUGGCAGGAACGAAAUGCAGAGUCAGCCAUUGAGGCACUUAAAGAAUAUGAACCAGAAAUGGGUAAAGUCGUCCGUGGCGACAAAUCUGGUGUACAAAAAAUCCGGGCGAAAGAAAUUGUACCUGGUGAUAUAGUUGAAAUAUCGGUAGGAGAUAAAAUCCCUGCUGAUAUUAGGUUGAUUAAAAUCUACUCAACCACAUUGAGAAUUGACCAGUCCAUUUUGACUGGUGAAUCAGUCUCUGUGAUUAAACAUACAGAUGCCAUUCCAGACCCAAGGGCUGUGAACCAGGACAAAAAAAAUAUUUUAUUCAGUGGUACAAAUGUUGCUGCUGGUAAAGCCAGAGGUGUAGUUAUGGGUACCGGAUUAAAUACUGCCAUUGGUAAAAUCCGUACUGAAAUGAGUGAAACUGAAGAAAUCAAAACUCCUCUGCAACAAAAAUUGGAUGAAUUUGGUGAACAACUUAGUAAAGUUAUUUCAGUUAUCUGUGUUGCUGUCUGGGCCAUCAACAUUGGUCACUUCAAUGACCCUGCCCAUGGUGGUUCUUGGCUGAAAGGUGCCAUUUACUACUUCAAAAUUGCUGUUGCUUUAGCUGUAGCUGCCAUUCCAGAAGGUUUACCAGCUGUUAUUACUACCUGUUUGGCUUUAGGUACUCGCCGUAUGGCUAAAAAGAAUGCAAUUGUUAGAUCUUUGCCUUCAGUUGAAACUCUUGGUUGUACUUCUGUCAUAUGUUCUGACAAAACUGGUACACUUACAACCAACCAAAUGUCUGUUAGCAGAAUGUUCAUUUUUGAGAACAUUGAAGGAAAUGACAGUUCAUUUACUGAAUUUGAGAUCACAGGAUCAACUUAUGAACCAAUUGGUGAAGUAUUCCUUAAUGGCCAAAGAAUAAAAACCUCAGAUUAUGAAGCAUUAAAUGAAUUAGGAACAAUUUGUGUGAUGUGCAAUGACUCAGCUAUUGAUUUUAAUGAAUUUAAACAAGCUUUUGAAAAGGUUGGCGAAGCCACUGAAACAGCCUUGAUAGUAUUAGCAGAAAAGAUGAACCCAAAUAAUGUUUCUAAAUCUGGCUUGGAUCGCAGAACAACAGCUAUUGUUGUGAAACAAGAUAUUGAAACCAAAUGGAAGAAAGAAUUUACUCUUGAAUUUUCUAGAGAUCGUAAAUCUAUGUCUUCUUACUGUACACCCAUCAAAACUACUAAAAUGGGUAAUAGCCCCAAAUUGUUUGUUAAGGGAGCUCCAGAAGGUGUUCUUGAAAGAUGUACACAUGCCCGAGUUGGCUCUCAAAAAGUUCCUUUGACAUCUACACUCAAAAACCGUAUCCUAGAAUUGACCCGUAAAUACGGUACUGGACGUGACACUCUUCGUUGUUUAGCUCUUGCUACUGCUGAUUCACCAACCAAACCAGAACAAAUGGAUCUUAAUGAUUCUACCAAAUUCCAUACUUAUGAAGUAAAUUUGACAUUUGUGGGAGUAGUUGGUAUGUUGGAUCCUCCUCGUAAAGAAGUAUUUGAUUCAAUCCAGAGGUGCAGAGCAGCUGGUAUUAGAGUUAUUGUUAUCACUGGUGACAACAAGGCCACAGCUGAAGCCAUUUGUCGUAGGAUCGGUGUGUUCACUGAAGAAGAAGAUACAACUGGAAAGUCAUACUCAGGGCGAGAAUUUGAUGAUUUAUCUCUGUCCGAACAAAAAUCUGCUGUAGCUAAAGCUCGGCUGUUCUCUCGAGUAGAACCAUCCCACAAAUCAAAAAUUAUUGAAUAUUUACAAAGCAUGAACGAAAUUUCUGCCAUGACUGGUGAUGGUGUAAAUGAUGCUCCAGCAUUGAAAAAAGCAGAAAUUGGUAUUGCUAUGGGUUCUGGAACUGCUGUAGCCAAAUCUGCUUCUGAAAUGGUGUUAGCUGAUGACAACUUUUCAUCCAUUGUGGCAGCUGUUGAAGAAGGCAGAGCUAUUUAUAACAACAUGAAACAAUUUAUUAGGUACUUGAUUUCAUCCAAUAUUGGUGAAGUUGUUAGUAUUUUCCUGACUGCUGCACUUGGAUUACCAGAAGCUUUGAUUCCUGUACAACUUUUGUGGGUCAACUUGGUCACUGAUGGCUUACCAGCUACUGCUCUAGGUUUCAAUCCACCUGAUCUUGACAUUAUGGAUAAACCCCCCCGUAAAAGUGAUGAAGGUUUGAUUUCUGGCUGGUUGUUCUUCCGUUAUAUGGCUAUUGGUGGAUAUGUUGGUGCAGCUACUGUUGGUGCUGCUGCUUGGUGGUUCAUGUACUGUGAAGAUGGUCCACAAAUAUCGUAUUAUCAACUGACUCACCAUUUAUCAUGCAUAAGCGGAGGAAGUGAGUUCAGAGGUCUUGACUGUGCAGUUUUCCAUGAUCCUCAUCCAAUGACAAUGGCUCUCUCUGUAUUAGUUACAAUUGAAAUGUUGAACGCAAUGAACAGUUUAUCAGAAAAUCAAUCUUUGAUUAGCAUGCCACCAUGGUCAAACUUGUGGCUUAUUGGUUCUAUGUUAUUGUCCUUCACUCUUCAUUUUGUUAUUCUACACAUUGAUUUCUUAUCGACCGUGUUCCAAGUGACUCCUCUUACUUUUGAUGAAUGGAUCACAGUAAUGAAGUUUUCUAUACCUGUAGUACUUUUGGACGAGACUUUGAAAUUUGUUGCCCGACGGUUCACUGACGGUACGCAAUCGAGUAUAAGCCGUUAUUAUGAAAUCGAUGGUCAGAUGGUAGAACGAGACAACGGCACGGCAAUGCCGUCGAAAUCGUGCAAAUCACACGCUGAUUAAAAAUAAAUUUCCAAGCGCCAAUUUCACGCAUUUUAUUCUAUAUAACCGUUGCGCGUACCACCUAUACAUGAUAUUAUUUGUAUUAUUAAAAGCGCCGCCGAUCGCUGUUACUUUUUAAGAGACAUUUUUGUUUUCCUUUUUUUUUUUUUUUUUAUGUUCCGUUUUCUCGUAUUCAUACAUAAUAUCAUGUGUACGUAGAAAAAUAAUAAUAACAAUUAUUUAACACAUAAUCAUUGUAUGUAGUUGCGUGAUAUGUUUUUAAUUCUGUGCAGCUGUACUGUUUAUGCGUUUCGACGAAUUAUUUAUUUUUAUGUUUUAUCUAUAUAACAUCAGUGCUGUAUGUAUUUAGACAUUAUUAUUGUAUUUAUUUAUUUUUUUUUUUUUUUUUUAGUAUUUAAUUUACUUUUGACGUAUUUUGUAGACGUAAAUAUUGUGCUUACAGUGGCUUGUUCAUCGACACAUGUCACAUUUCACACAUUCCUUUUCGUCAUCAUUUCAUUCGGUUCUAUAACCUAGUAAAAACUAUCUAUAAAUACAUUACUUUUAACACUUUUAUUUUUCGUUUACAAUGUUCGAACUAUUACAGUUUUGGACAUUUGGACAUUAUAUAUCAUCGGAUUGCGUAUAAAAUAUUAAUUCGUAGAAAAACCAUAUUUGUAUCGUAUUCAUUAUACGUUUCACUAAACAGUGUGAUAGGAUAAAAAACCAUUGAAUAAUAGAUACAGUAGAUACACACAUAUUAUAUUACGUAUCGACGUGGUUUAGAAGUUAUUACCUAUACGUAGGUCAUUAAUCCUUUAUAAUUUAAUACUUAACGCAACUCACCGCCUUUAAUAACUUGUUUGAAUAAUAAAGUUUUUGAGUUUCUGUUUAAAAAUACUAUCUAGUAUAAUAAAUCUAUUUUUUUGUAAAUUGACAACAAACGCAUAACUCACAAUCAUAUACAUAUAUCAUCGGACUUCUUUAAGCACAAAAACAACCAUGAAUUUAUUAGUUAUUAAUUAAAUAUUAACUUAUUA